UUUCAGGCGCUUUCUCUAUGCUGUGAAUCCAUACCAGUGUUCAACAACCUCAAAGUGUUACGUAUUAGCAGUUACAAGGACCAAGGAUGGCAAGCAAUGCCGGUUCUCUUAAGGAAUUGUCCACUUUUAGAAACACUAGUCCUUGAGGGUCUCGUACACUAUGUGACGGAUAGAUGUGGGGAUGCUUGUGACUGCGUUCCCGGGGGGAACAAAGGGCGUUCGCUCAUAUCUUGUCCGGUGAAGAAGCUGCAGAUUAAGAGAUUUGAAGGAAAAAAGAGAGAGUUAGAGAUGAUAAAGCAUUUCUUGGAAUCUUUUAGGUGUUUGAAGGAGAUGGAGAUUCAUGCUCGAGAGGAUAAUCCUAUACACUACUUCCAAAUCCCAAGGGAGUUUGAGCUCUUCAACGAGCUUUAUAGUUGUGAUGUCCGGUUCCUGGUGCGUGGUUCUUUGUAUAAGAGACGUGGACUGCUGUCAACUUGAGAUUUGAGAAUGAGUCAUGUCGGCAAGAAAGACAAUUUUUCUGUUAGAAUUUUUGAGAAGGUAAGUAAAAAACGGAGUUAUAAGAUACUUCCUCUCUCCACGUCUGCAUAACAAGAAUAUGUUUGGUUGAUCAGUUACAAACAAUCUCCAAUCCCAUUGGCUUCAACUGCUCACGGUUUCAGAGAUUCCAGUUAAGUAAUAUUUGUAAGUGUAUUGUAGAUAAAUUGAAUCGAUGAUGAUCAACCUAAUCCCUUUGGUCGUGCAUGGUCAGGAUUUAAAGAAAGUUGUUUGCUUAUCACUUGCAAAUUCUCCACUAGCUUGAGGAGAAUAUGUGUGAUGGAACCGAUCUAGCGAACAUAUACUAAUCAAAAGGACAUGACUAAAUUGGGUCCCUCUUUGCCUACACAAAAGAAUGUCUCAAGAAAUUAUUAUACCCUCCAAAACCAAAUCUGCUUUAUUUAUGUGUAAAUCAUUUUACCACUCUAACAAAAUAAUA